AUGACAACCUCAUCCCACAGAGAUCACUUCUUCCAGACCUCGGCUUCCUUGGAUGACCAGCAGAGGAAAGACGCCAAGUCUCAGAAUUCCAAUGGAAACCCUAUUCGGCUACAGAGCAAGAUUCUUGCCAUUCAUCCUGAUCCGAGCAAUUUGAACUCGAUUUAUGUUGCGCAAAGUAGUGGCGUUGUUAGAAGAGUAGUGCUCGAGACAGGUGAAACAGCUGCAUUGUACAAAGGUCCCACAGCUCCUUUGACAAGUCUCUGCCUGAGUCCAGAUGGAAAGCUGUUGUUUGCUGGAUGCUGGGACAAGACCGUUUGGAGUUGGGAUGUUGCCUCAGCCCAGCCUCGGCAAAGGUACGAAGGUCACGCGGACUUUGUCCGAGCAGUGAUGAGUGCUCGACUACGUGGAGAGGAUCUCCUUAUUACGGGCGGCGCUGAUGCACAGGUGUUGGUCUUCAAUAUCGCCAGCGGCCAACGCACUGAGACAUUCAAGGGCCAUGCCCGGGGUAUUCAGGAUCUGAUUCUUGACCCAGAAGUAGAGGAAUCGGAGGCUUUGGUCUUUAGUGCUGGAAGUGAUCGGGAAAUCCGCCAGUUCAAGAUCUUUGGCGGAGGCGAUUCCGCCGAAGCACUCCUUCCACACGAGACCAGCGUGUACAAGCUUUUCUUCGACCAGGACGGUGAUCUUUGGACCGUGUCUGCCGAUAAGACCGCCAAAUGCUUGGUUCGAGCUGAUGGAUGGAAGCCCAAUCUUACUUUAGAGCACCCCGACUUUGUGCGAGACAUUGUUGUCCACGAGGACGGCGGUUGGGUGGUCACGGCCUGUCGCGAUGAAGAAGUGCGAGUGUGGAACCGAUCGACUGGAGAGCUUCAUCACGUGUUUUCUGGUCACUUUGAAGAGGUUACUGGGCUAGUCCUAGUGGGAUCCACAGCGGUUAGCGCGGGUAUUGAUGGCACCAUUCGACAAUGGUCUCUUCGUCCAGAUGAACUUCAAAAGGCUGUGGAAUUAGCCAAAAAGGGCCCUGUGAUAGCAGAGCCUGAGCCCAGCACCGAGUCCAUGCUCACAGAAGAGGAGGAGCGAGAGUUGGCUGAGCUGAUGGAAGAUGAUUAG